GAAGAAGACUCACAACAAAUCAUCUGCACCAUGUAACCGCGUAUAUUAGUUUAAAUAACGACUGAAUGCUUCUUUUUGCAUGUUUAGUGGGAAUUUUAUGUUUUUCUUUUGACAGUAGCGUAGUCCCGUCUUUGUCAUCCUGUCAGUAUUAGUGAUAAACUGUAGAUUUUUAGCUAGCUAGCCGCCGGCUAACUGCAGCUAACUUUCUUCUCAUAACGGCUAAUCAGAUUUUCAACACCGAUGUUAGAGGAUGGACGCGGUUGUUUUCACGAACACUACAAAAGGCAACCCAUUACCACUGGCUUCUCUGCGCCUCCUGGUCCCACCUCUCCAGCUCAUGUCAGCAUCCAUGAUGGAGGUUAUAAAGAAACGAGAUGCCAUGAACUACUGGAAACUAGCUGAGUUUGUCUCUUUGGUGAUGGACAUGGUUCCUGAGCUGUUAAUGUGCAAACACAGGACACAGCUUAUCCUGGGAUUAAGAGCUAGGUAUAUUCUUGAAUUGUGCAAAAGUGAAAAGCUUGGGGAACCUGAUGUCAUCCUGUCUCAUCUUGACAAGAUUAAAAUUGAAGAAUCAGAAGAGGAGGAAAUAUUUGUUAACUUUCUUAAGUUGAUCCAGACUCUGGUCAAAGAUCCCGAAGUGAGACAGGAAUUUUUCUCGGAGGUCUUCCCUGCAGAGUAUGGGUCUCAGUAUGACAGUGAUUUACAGGUGCUGUUCUCGGAGUUUCUCUUUCGGCUGGCUCAGCUAUUGCCUGUUCCUGACCUCGAGCAGACUGUUUUGUGGCUCGGGUCUGAUUGCUCUGUGUUAGAGGAGUGUGAGCGCUCAGUCUCUGAGCCUACAGACAUUAAAGCUUUGCUCAAGCACCACAAACACUUUGGACAUUUAGAGCAACAUGUUCCACCUUCAAGCAUGGGUGACCGCAUUGUCUCCUCUCUUUCUGCUGUACUCCCUUACAAACAAGCAACACCUGCAGAACAACCUGAACAAUCAGACCCUUUGCCAGGCCUCAGUGAUGACACUCAGGCUGUAUCAUUUGUGGAGGAUGUAGCUGUUGAAAUAAUCACAGUGACAGAUUAUGCAGAGGUUGAAUUAAGUGAGAGCAACACCAUUGAAGUGGUGAUGGGAGGAAACAGCUUUGAAGGAGCAGGCUGUAACAUGGUGACUGAAGAUACAUUGGUAGUUCUUCAAGCUGAGUCAACCAGAGAGGGAGAAGAAGAGAAAGAAAAAGCUCUGACAAACGUUGCACAUCCAGAAUUUAUCAAGAACGACAUGGAGUCUGUGCAACAAAAAAUCCCGCCUGGGCCUCAUGACUGCCCGGACUGUGAGAAGAAAUUUAAGUUUGCCUCCUCACUGAUUGCCCAUAGGGUCAUCCACACUGGAGAACGCCCCCACCGCUGUAGUGACUGUGGACGCUGCUUCUCUUUCAGGCAAUCCCUUGACAGGCACAGACACACGCACAAAAACGCACGCAAGUACGACUGUGUCAUCUGCGGGGAGACAUUCCAAUCAUUGUCAGCUCGAACACAACACAAGCAAACACACAUGGUAGACGGCCUUUACACAUGUCAUCACUGUGAAAAGAGAUUUCACUGGGAGCUGGCACUCGCAAGGCAUAUGAAAACUCACAACAGUGAUCACAAUGCGAACAAGCUGAAUGAGAACCAAGAAGAGGGACAAGAGGUCGUCAUGGGUGAUGAAGUUGCCACGGAGGCUUCCGCUGAACCAAACAGCCAAGUCCAUGCAGCAGACCAAGAAAAUCAUGAUUCAGAAAGCGCAAAACUACAGAGCACUGAGCUUCCCACUUGUGACCCCGAUGGUACCGUUCCUGAGCUUGGCAGUGAAGUUACAGCGCUCACAAAGGUCCGCACAAGUGGGCGCAAACGCAAACCCACCAUGAAGAUCCAGGUUAUAAAUUUGCAGAAGAGCUUGAGUGCUAAAAGAAGAAAGGAGAAAACCAAGACGAAGCCUUCAGAGCUGAAGCCUUUACCUUUUAACUGCAGUGAUGAGCACUCUUAUGGUUCAUCUAUGGUCUCAUCAAAAGGUGAUGGUGAUGACUGUUCUGUAGAAGACGACCUUCCAGCUGCAUUCUCCUGUCCUAAAUGCUCCUAUCAGCACCCCGAGGAAUCACAGGUCCAGCAUCACAUUGACAAGGUUCACACUAAUCAUUCUGAUGAUGAUGAAGAGGGAGGAUUCAGCUGUUCAGAGUGUGACAAGAGCUUCAGAUUCCAGUCAUUACUAACAGCCCACCAACGUACCCACACCGGCGAGCAACCCUUCCUGUGCUCUCAGUGUGGAAGGCGGUUUUCCUUCAAACAAUCACUGGAGCGACACAAGCAGACUCACAAAUCAGGGCGGAAGUAUGAGUGCUUGAUCUGUGGCGAGUUUUUCAAGUCCCUUGAAGCUCAAAGGGAGCACAAGGGCUCCCACAUGGAGAACGGUGAGUACCUGUGUUCAGAGUGUGGCCGGGCGUUUGCCUGGAAGUCUGCUCUGGUGAGGCACCUGAAGACCCAUGGGGAUGAGGCAGACAAGGUGGAACGUCCCUUCAAAUGCCCUCGCUGUGAGAUGAGAUUCAGCUGUGCCAGCCACCUGAACAGACACCUGCAGACACACAAAGAAGAACGAGUGCACACCUGCAAUUGCGGGAAGAGCUUCGCCUACAGAGCAGCUCUCACUGCACAUCAGCGCAUCCAUCAGAAAGAGCGGCCGCACACCUGCGCACAAUGCGGGAAGGGAUUCCUCUACAAGGGAGGGCUUUUGAGCCACAUGAAGAUCCACUCAGAGGAAAUGCCCUUCAUGUGUUCUUUCUGUGGCAAGAGCUUUAAAAGGGAGCGCAACAUGAAAAAGCACGAGCGCUGCCACACCAGGGAGAAUGUUUUCAGUUGCUCACAGUGUGACAAGAGUUUUGUCUACAAGGCAACUUUGAUUAGACACGAGCUGACUCAUUCAGGUGAGAGGCCAUACCUCUGCUCUGACUGCGGGAAGGGCUUCUUUUCCCACGCAGAGCUUCUGAAGCAUGAACGUUUCCACACGGGCCACAAGCCCUUCCAGUGCCCUCACUGUGCCAAGACUUUUACCCAGUCCUGCUACCUGACCAUCCACCUCCGCUACCAUACAGGAGUCCGGCCAUACUCCUGCUCUGAGUGCGAUAAGAGUUUCCUCAGCGCCAACCGGUUGAAGAGACACCAGAGGACACAUUCAGGGGAAAAACCAUAUCUGUGUGUAGAAUGUGGCAAGGGCUUCAGGCAGUCCUAUAACCUAAAAGUGCACCAGCGAACACAUAGCAUUAAGUUAACAUAGACAAGUGUUGAAAUUAUCGAGCUGGAGGGUGUACCAUGAAGGAAAAUUAGAAAAUAAAGUUGGUCUGUUCAGCCUAAAGUCAGAGUUGUCCAUCUCACAAAGCUGGCUCUCUUUAAAGUGGCUCUGGGCUAUGUUGUAGCUUAAAGCUUAUAGCUUUUGCUAUAGCUUAAAACCGGCUAGAAUGUGUAGUCAUAUUUAGUGAACAUUACCAGGCUAUGUUCUCUAUGAGAUCUUUAGUCAAAGGUCUGUAUUUCUGGAACAUUUUGGAAUUCAUUGUUGUAUUUGUACACAGAAAAAAAGCUGUGCAGGUACUGCAACGUAAGCAUCACAGAGCCCUCAUUGUUUUUACCUGGUUGAGGUCACAGUUAAAUUUCAGCAGAGCAUCCCUUCAUUAAAGGACAGGGAGGACCCAACAUCUUGGGGAACUAGCAUUUUAGUGAUGGUCAUUAUAGCCCUUAAAGUUCAUUCAACAUGGCUUGUUUUACAAUGAAACACAGAGAGCCUAAUUAAGUAUCCCUGAUAUUUCAUCUUUAGUAUCUGAUGUUCCGAUACUUACAAAUCAAUAAUGAUAUAUAAACAAUGCUCAGACCUAAAACCUCAGUACUUGAAAAGUUUAAGGAUUGAAGAUGAACAAAGAAGACUUCGGCUGAUGGAGGUCUGUUUUUCCUGCGUUACAUUGUGCAAACCUUUUUCGUACACAAAGCUUGUAUUUACAGGCAGUGUGUUGGUUGUAGAUAUUGGUAUCUGCAAAUACCAAUGUCAUGCCAAUAAUAAAGUUCAUCCCUGAGCCUAAUUAGAUGCUUUGGGUAUCACCCAUAAACUGUAGUCUACAGGCUUAUUACAUCAUCAUGCAUUAAAUCAAUUCACUAAUUAACUGAAAUCAUUCUAACACUUUUAAAGUUAGUUGCACUGUUUUAAGUUAUCCCAUUAGAUGUUCAGCAGCGUUUUGUUUCCACAGUGCCAUGUAUUCAUUAUUUUGAUCUGACAGAAUCAGACAGCUGGUAGGGAUUCACUGAUACCACUUUUCAGACCAAGUGUCUAGGUUAGGGCACUCGUCCACCUGUGCACUAAUAUUAAUACAAUUUAAGUUCCGUAAAACACUUAGAAAAUGUUUUAUUUUGAUCAGAUUUUCCUCACCCCUCUUCAAUUUAGCAUUGCAGUUUGCAGAACGCUCUACUUUUUCAUCCUCAUUUAACCCUGGUGUUGUCUUAAAAUUUUGAACACUCUUGCCCUAAGGUUCAGAAAUUACUAGGUAAACUCCAAACAGAAAGUUUAAUUAAAAGUUUAAUUUUUGACCCCUUGUUAAACAUCAGCGAACUGCAGACGUGAUUCAUCUUCACGUAUCCUACUCACAUGUGGCUAAAUAACAUCAUGCUGUAAAAUGAAGGAGUACUGUUUUUGCACAGCAAGAGUACCUGCAGUUGAUUUCCAGGUUGUGUUGUAAGUGCAUCAAUGACUAGAGGAAUGUGUUAGAAAUGCUUCAUGAAUGUUUCCUUUGAUGGAGGCUAAAAAU